ACGACCGGGGUGACUGAAGGAAAGAGUUCAAAAUGCAGAUCUUUGUGAAGACCCUGACUGGAAAGGCCAUAACCCUAGAGGUGGAGCCAAGUGACACCAUAGAGAAUGUCAAGGCCAAAAUUCAGGACAAGGAAGGUAUACCUCCAGACCAACAACGCCUGAUCUUUGCUGGGAAGCAGCUGGAAGAUGGGCGAACCCUUUCUGACUACAACAUUCAGAAAGAAUCAACUCUGCAUCUGGUGUUGAGACUGCGUGGUGGGCUUUAAAUUGGACUGGGCCUUAAUCAGUUUCAAUUGCAUUGUAAUUUUUAAUGCAUU